AUGGACACGAGCAGCGUGCCGCCGCACGUCGCGAAGGUGAACGUGACGACGCCGAGCACAGCGGACGCGAGCCAGAAGCGGCGAAAGCAGCCCGCGAACUUCCAGUGCCCGGUGCCGGGGUGCGGGAGCACGUUCACGCGGCACUUCAACCUGAAGGGGCACCUGCGGUCGCACGCGGAGGAGAAGCCGUUCCAGUGCAAGUGGCCGGGCUGCGGGAAGGGCUUUGCGCGCCAGCACGACUGCAAGCGGCACGAGCAGCUGCACCUGAACAUCCGCCCGUACCCGUGCGAGGGCUGCAAGAAGAACUUUGCGCGGAUGGAUGCGCUGAACCGGCACCGUGAGUAG